GCAGCAGGUAGUACUGACUGUAGUACUGACUGUAGUACUGACCGUAGUACUGUGUUUUCUGUGUACUGACUGUAGUACUAACUGUAGUGCUAACUGUAGUACUGACUGUAUUACUGACUGUAGUACUGUGUUUUCUGUGUACUGACUGUCGUACUGACUGUAGUCCUGUAGCACUGACUGUAGUACUGACUGUAGUACUGGCUGUAGUACUGAUUGUAAUACGGACUGUAGUACUGACUGUAGUGCUGACUGUACUACUGUAGUACUGACUGUAAUACUGACUGUAAUACUGACUGUACUCCUAUAGUACUGACUGUAGUACUGGCUGUAGUACUGGCUGUAGUACUGAUUGUAAUACAGACUGUAGUACUGACUGUAGUGCUGACUGUAGUGCUGACUGUAGUAUUGUAGUACUGACUGUAGUAUUGACUGUACUCCUAUAGUACUGGCUGUAGUACUGGCUGUAGUACUGAUUGUAAUAUGGACUGUAGUACUGACUGUAGUACUGACUGUAGUCCUAUAGUACUGGCUGUAGUACUGUUUGUAGUACUGAUACUACAGACUGUAGUACUGACUGUAAUACUGGCCGUAGUACUGUGUUUUCUGUGUACUGACUGUAAUACUGACUGCAGUACUGUGCUACCUAUGUACUGACUGUAGUACUGAUUGUAGUACUGUGUUUUCUGUGUACUGACUGUAGUACUGUUUUCUGUGUACUGACUGUAGUACUGACUGUAGUACUGUAGUCCUGACUGUAGUACUGAUACUCCAGACUGUAGUACUGACUGUAAUACUGACUGUAGUACUGAUCCUCCAGACUGUAGUACUGACUGUAAUACUGACUGUAGUACUGAUCCUCCAGGCCGUAGUACUAACUAUUGUACUGUACUACUGCAGUACUGCGAUGGAGGCGGCUUGUGAGGACGACCUGUGCUGGCUGCAGCUGGAGGACUUCAGGAUGUUGCUCAUUAAGACCAUCGAUCCGUCCAGGAUCACUCCUUACCUGCGCCAGUGUCAGGUGAUCAGCGCCGAGGACGAGGAGCAGCUCUUCACAAUCUGGGUCCGGUUCUAUGUUCCUCCUGUUCUAGGAGUCAGCAGACGCUCUCUAGGAGCUUUGUUGGACACUCUCCAGAGGACAGGGGUCAAAAGUUACACGGCGUUCCUGGAGAGUCUGGAGCUGGAUUAUCCCGACCUACCCAACAAGACCUUCAGCAUCCUGAUCGACACAGCAGGAGAAUCUGGUUUGACUCAGUUCCUGAUGUCAGAGCUUAACCGCCUCCAGAGGGCGCUGCAGGACCAGAGACGGUGUCGCCAGCAGGCGUGCUCUGUUGCCAAGGAACAGAGUGUGGAGGUGAAAGAGGAGCUGGAGCUGCACUGUGCUCAGCUGAAAGGCGACGCCAAGAUUUACCGUCAGCAGAACAAACAAAUGCUCCGCCAGCUGGAGGAGGUGAGCAGGGAGAGAGACAAGGCACUGACAUCGCGGGCGGAGCAGCAGGAGGAGGCACGGCUGCUCCUGCAGGAGAAGGAUCAGUACAGGGAGCAGGUCAGGCAGCUCACCGAGCAAUCUGAUAGGCUGGAGCUGCUCCUGCUGAAGACACAGGGGGAGGAGCUACAACUGAGGACACGCCUCCGCAAAAUCACCUGCAACUCUCACCAGGGUGAGAGGAGUGUGAGCAGCGAGGAGGAGGAGGAGCCAACAGAGAGAGCUGCUAAGGGCAGCAGUGAGGAGGUUCGCAGCGGGACUUCGGGGGAAAAUGAGGAGGCAGCAGCUCAUCAGCAGCAGCUCAGUUCUUCUGUAGGAGAACCAGAGUCUGACCAUAAAGCUAGCAAUGCUGCAUCAUGAGUAAUGUACUGUA